AUGUUACACAUUACGCGCCUGCGCCAAGCAUUGUUGAGCAGCGCAAAAGAAGUGGGAGAAGUCUUAUCGAAGGCUUUGAGGGCUGAUGAGGCCUCGAGGGUCUCACAGGUUGUUGCCUCUUUCCUAGACGGUCCACAUGCCUCACCUGCAGAAGAGGUACCAUUAACGGCAGCACCAGCAGACCACAGUUCUUCCCGUGUGUCUGUACCCACCGCCCACCCUGCCGCAUCCAGCCAUGUCUCUGAACAAAGAAAGGGGGCGUCUUUCAGCAAUGCUUGUGACGGGCCUUCAUUUGAGCGUGCAGCCUUCCCGAGCAACAGUUUUUCGGAGUUGUGCACUACGAAGACGGCCUCCAGAGAAUUCGACAGUCGCUUGAAUGAGUCGGAAGGCUGGUUCCUAACAGAUAUGAUUUCCGGGUGCGAAGAUGGGAGCCUGCAUGCCCGCAUGCUUCGAAGGGGCACCAACGGCAGUGCUGCCAGCAGCGUGAGCAGUAGAAGCAGCCGCAGUAGAGACCAUGGAAGCAUUGUAAUGGUCUCAUCAGUCGAGUCUCUGCUGUCCGAAGACAAAGAUGAUGAUGUAGACAGCCUGAGUAGCGGUGGUUCGCCCAAGGAUGAGGAGAGCAGUCGGUCACGACAUAAACUCCCCAUUUCGGUCUCUUCCGUGUAUCCGUCAGCGGGUGAAAUUUCAGGAGACGUUGUGGAAACCACUACUGAUUUGGAGCAGCAGGCGGAGCAGGACAAUGUUCCUCUUUUGUCAGAGUUGGAAAAACAGUGUGGCGAUGAGGCGAUAUAUCUCAUCAACCGCAAACGCAUUUGUGGUGGAGAGAAAUUUUACAUGAUCGAGGCAGGGCAUGGCUGGAGCGGCUACCAGUCGCUUGAGGUAAAUACGAGCGAACGAAUUCUGCGGUCGCUAGAGGAGUCAGCACUGACAGUAGUUAGCAGUAAAUACUGCAUGAAUCUGGCUGGUAUUUUCCUCAUAUAUUUGACCGUGUUGGCUUUGUAUUUGGUUCUCCGUAACGGCUGGUUCAGUGCGCACCACAUAUACAUUCUAACUGCCGCUUGA